AUGACUGUUGAGUCAUCCGAGCCCGAGACAACAAGACGAAUCUUGACAAAGAGAGUGUUUCCAGCCCAUACGAAAGAGUGGUUCCAACAGCUUCCACGGGAAAUGCAGAGGAAAUACGCAUCGGAACAGAUUCAGGCAGAUGUCGGACGACAAUGUGUUGAUAGUGGCAUCAGCCACCAAGAACAUGAGUCUCGACUUGAUCCAGGAAGUUAUACGAAGCCUCCGACGAGGUGGGAACUUGAAGGGAGUAUCUCAGAAGCUAUGUUGGAUAUUGAAGGUCUAGCACUUGAAGACCCUGAAACAGGUAUAAUGCAUAUGGUAUCACGGGGAUCGAUAGGCCCGAGAGCUUCGACGAGACUUCCAAACAAUCUGCUUACUUUCCCUCUUGAAUGUGGAAGAGUUCUGCGAGAAGUCAGCAAGUUGGAUCUCUUGGUAGAUCAAUUCGCCCAAUCUCUCGUGUGUGCAUCGGGAAUUACUGUCUCACCCCUCGAGCAGAGGACGCUUGCAAGACUUGAAGCCUUGGACAGCGAAUCUUACGAUGGCCAUCUAAGCCUCAUGUCUGCAUUGAGAUAUUUAUGCAAGGCCACACCAACGACAGAUCUUCGAGCCAGAAUCCGGCAAUGCGCAAUUGAAAGCCUUACUUUCGAGGAUGUCUUCCGCGCCUGCACUUCGAUAAUUCUCAUGGAUCUGAUCUUUCAAGGGAGCCCACCAGAAAUGCUCGCUCUUCGAGACACAUUGGAGAGAGCUCAUCCAGCAAGUUCCAAUCCCAGACCUCUCUUGAUAGAGCAAUGCAUUGAAGACUAUUUCGGCCCUCUGCUCAGCUUGCCAUCUUUCCAACACUCCAUCACAAGCUCAGCGCCAGCCUUGGGCCUUAGCUUGUAUUCAAAAUUGAAGCCUUUAAUUGUGCUCCUCGGAGACGAGAUCGACCCAGAUAUCGAGCGACUCUGCCAUCGCGACUGCUUCGAAAUCUGCAAGGCUGCAUGCUUAUUGAACGCAGAAUUCAAGGUGAAGCCAACUUCUCCGGUCGAGCUUUACACCGUACUCAGUGGUGAUGAGGUCAAGGGAUACUAUGUCGACAAUUCAGCAGAAGAUGACAAAGUGGGGAUCAUGCUUAUGUUUGGCGUCAAAGCUGCUGGCAACUCUGAUAUGCCACUGAUCUACAGCAAAGCGAAGGUAGCCACAUCUAGUACGGAGAAGUGA